AAAAAAAAAAACUCCUCCCAUCAACCUCCUCCUCCUUCCAUCGACAUCAUCCCACUCCUCCUCCGCCUCCGCCUUCUUCUCCAUCCUUCUUCUUCCUCUUCCUCUUCUCGCCCGGAUUCUCCUUCUCUCCCCUCUGCUCCAGCUGCCUCCUGCUCUCCUCUCUUCGCAGCAUACUCGCCUUACCGCCUCGCUAAUAUACUGCUCCAUCUCUUCAUCUCGCUCCAUCUCUCGCCCCAUCUCUCGCCCCAUCUCGCUCCAUCUCUCCAUCUCUCUUCUCUCUUCGACAACAGCACAUCCUUCUCCCUUUCUUCUCAUCAGACCGCCGAAGCAUCCGUUCUUGAGGACCCGAUCCCUUACUCUGGCCUGUUCCGCAUCCGUCCUAUGCCGCUCGCCUCCACCGCAACGCCAUCGCCACAUCCCUCCCAUGAGUCGUUGCGUGGAUCCCCUCCCCGUCCCCAAGACGGCCCACCGCCGCCCCGCCCAACAGAUAUCCUAGCAAGUACCACGGACGAGCUCGCUAAAUUCUCAAACGAGUCCCUGCACUCGUACUCCUUCACCACCGGCACACACGACAAAGCCUUUGUCGAGGGCAGGCGGAGCAUCUUUUACCGAUCCAUCGACUUUAUGAAGCAAAAGUUCAAGGGAUGGCAGGUCCCCAUCUCCAAUGUCUUUCCUGUAUCCGCCCCGACAACCCCGAUCGACAACUUCUCCAUCGGCGCCUAUCCCACCCCAGCGAACUCAUCGUCUGCCGCCUCGGCCUUUGCAGGUCGCACCAUCGACAGUCAGAAACCAAAGUUCAAACGGACCAUGACGGACGUACCCUCCUUUGCGCCAAGGUCUGAUCUCAAGCAGAUCAAGGAACGUCCGAACCGGCCUCUGUCAAUCGCAACGAUUUCCACAGCGGGCAACUACGGUUCACUGCACUCGCCCACUCGAUUUGUGCCCCAGAACCAGGCCAUGAUCACGACGGACGAGAAUUGGAGCAUAGUCAUGGCCAACGAUGUGUCCUCGCUCGUGUUUGGAUAUCAUGGAAGUGAGCUCUCGACGAUGACGAUCCUCGAUCUGGUCGCGAGUCCAUACAAGGAAAAGUUGGAGGCUCUUCUUCAUCAGCAGUUACAGGAGGGGUCGCACGAGAGUAAGGAUGAGCAUGUGCUACUCUGUGGCAAAGUGGUCCGUAUCCAGAAGCGAAACUCGCACUCUGCCGCUGCGUCUGUAUGGCUCAAGCAAAGAAAGGAUGCCUCCGGGAAGCUGGUCUACAUCUGGGUCUUUGAGGAGAUCUCUGAAUCCGUUGUCUCUGCGGUCAUUUCGAGUUCAGGAGAGAUUCUGAAUAUCGAAGGCGCUAUCUUUGACCUUUACGGCUACGACUACAUGGAGCUCCUGGGCCGAUCCAUCACAAUGCUGAUCCCAGCCCUGGAAAAGCUGCAGUCCGUGGAUCCAGAAACAUCAUUCGCGACAUUGGAUGUCCACCAGAUCAACGGCAUAAAGUUUUUCGGAUCAAGGACCAAAAACGGAAGCACGUUCCCAAUCGUCUGCAAGAUUUUAAAUCCAUCCGAGCAUAUUGAUCCCGAGGCAAAUCCGUUCAAUCUAGAUCAGGAUUCCAUGGAUGGCUACCUGUUGCGCAUCAUCUCUAUGCCAGCCAUUGCUGGCGUGAUCACCGUCCACGACUCGGGGAUGAUUCAAAGCGCCAACACCGUCUUUACAAAGUUCCUCUUUGGAUACCCUGCAACAGAGCUAAAUGAGAAGCGGUCAAUCAACGACCUGGUUCCUCAAUUUCAACCAAUCUUGGAAAAGCUACUGGAAAAGACCGAUGCACCACAGGACGGUGACUACAUUCAUCUGAGCGAGGGCGCCGUUGUUACUGCAACCAUCAUUCGAAGGACGGCAGCCGAGGUCAGCAAGCCCUCAAUCUUGUCACCCGACUUUUUUGUUCAGCCAAAGGCACAGGACGCCAACUCGGUCGGGACAUCCGGACCAUCCAACAUCACCAAGCAGUCAUCAGCCUUCAAGCGCAACUUUGGCAUGUCGACCAUGCUGAAGAAGCCCAACAUUACGUUCGUUUCAAACUCUGGGAUCGUUGCGCUUCAUCGGGAUGGGACACCGCUCGAUGUCGACAUCCAGAUACGCAUGAUUGAAUCUCCACAAGGACGCAUGUUCGCAGUAUGGAUCACCUACGAUCGCGAGAUCAGCUUUACGCGGGAGCCCAACCGAAAACCUGCAGCAGUGGCGCCGAUGAAAUCGAUCUCUUCAGCCAUGGAGGACGUCCAACCAACCGGGACCUCGGACGCAAGCAGCGAGCAAGUAGUACCGGACACAAACGACGCGAACAGCUACCAAGCCAGCAAUGGACACUUAUCACCAAAGACACCCAAGUCAAGCCAGCUUCCGAGUGUGAAGACGGCCCUCAGUCGGCAAUUCUCAUCCGACUCUACCUCAUCGCCAUCUUCGUGUGGAUCACCUGGCUCACCAGCACCAUCAACACCUUCGUCGCGUGUCUCGAUCGACAUUAUGAAGGCUCAGUAUUCGGCUGUUACACACCUGCACAGUAUUGCGGACUAUGAUAUUCUUGAUUCGUUGGGCCAGGGAGCGUAUGGUCAGGUCAAGUUGUGUUGCCUCAAGAAAGGAUCAACCAAGGUAGUGAUGAAGUACAUUGUCAAGAGCCGGAUCCUCGUCGACUGCUGGACGAAUGACCGGGUUCUGGGUAUGAUCCCGAUGGAGGUGUCGAUUAUGCACACGUUACGGAAGCUGCCGCAUCCAAACAUUGUGCUGAUGAUGGACUUUUUCGAGGACGAGGAGUACUAUUACGUGGAGAUGGCGCUCCAUGGAUCCGGAAUGGAUCUGUUUGAUUAUAUCGAGUUGACGCCGUACAUGACCGAAGACGAGAUCAGGGCGAUCUUUCGACAAAUCUGUGAUGCAGUCUAUCACCUGCAUUCGAACAAGAUUGUGCAUCGGGACAUCAAGGACGAGAAUGUGAUUCUGGACCAGAAGGGCAGAAUUCAGUUGAUCGACUUUGGAUCGUCCGCGUACUUGAAGGAGGGUCGGAAGUUUGAUACGUUCUGUGGGACGCUCGAUUAUGCAGCUCCUGAGGUGUUGACGGGCAAGAAGUAUGAGGGCCGGAAGCAGGAUAUUUGGGCGCUCGGUAUCCUGUUGUACACGUUGAUCUACAAGGAGAAUCCGUUCUACAACAUUGACGAGAUCCUCAGCCGAGAUCUACGGGUUCCUUUUGUUCUGUCUGAAGAUUCCAUUGGCCUUAUUCGCUGGAUGCUCACAAGAGACAUUGACAAGCGGCCGUUCAUUGAGGAUGUCCUGGCCCACCCUUGGAUGACGACGCCCCCAAAGCCCCAGGAAGUAACGACGGAGGCGUGAAUAAGUGAACUUUUUUUCCUUUUUUUUUUUCCUGCUACAAGCAAUAAUAGCAAAAUCAUCACCGCUACUACCCCCCCCCCAAAACAACAAAGACGCCCUGCAUUAGAUUUGACGCACAAGUUUUUUGCCUGCUUCAAUGAUAUACUAGAGCCGCCUGCUUUUUAUUCUGAUUUCUGAUUUCUUUUCUUUUUUUUUUUGUAUGUUUUUGUAUUGUCCCUUUUUUUUAUUUCCUGCUCCUCCUUUUCUUCUCUUUCCUUUUCUUUUCUUGCGUGUAGUUCUAGCGUUGUAAGUGUAUAUAUACUUAACUCACCCUCCCAUAAUAUAUCUUCG